AUGCUACAUGCUGGGGAUCGGAAGCCAGAGGGGAAGCAGUCCCUGCCCUCGAGAAGCUUACACUCCGCUGAAGGACCCAUGGUGAGCCUCGAGGCCAAAGACCUGGGUUUUGGGAUGGUGAAGCGCUGCACCAACAAAGAAGACACUCAGUGCCAACGCUGCGAGGAAGGCUUCUUCAGCGAGGGUCGCAUCUACUACUCCUGCAAUCCCUGCACUAAGUGCAACGUCGGCUGGCACGACCGCUUCUUCCUGCCCAGAGCUGCCCCCUCCAUCCCUCCCGCCAACCGCUGGAAGCAACGUCGUGGGCACCCCCUGGUCUUCCCAAAGAGGGUGUCUGCUCUGAUGCUGUGGCUGGAAGGCGGUUUCUGGCCGGCCGCGGGCUCCUGGGACAGCGCCAGUGAUCCGCAAGACCUGCCCGGGGGUGGGAGAGAAACUGCAGAGACCCGGAGGAGCUGCCCUGAGCCUGGGGAGCCCCUGAGCCGGCACCGGGGCGUCGGGAGGCUACCGAGAGAAGACGGCCCAGGAACGCGCGGGAGCGUGGGAGGCCGAGAGGGCCGGAGACAGGCAGUGGUGGUGGUGCUGGGCCUGGGCAAGGUGUGGCAGGCCCAUCCCAGCCAGCAGUCCCAGCGCUUCCCCUCGUGCUGCCCAGGAAGCGGGAGCCGGGUCUGGCAGCGCUGCAACAGCUCCAGGGACACCGUGUGCCAGUGCACCGCCGGGACGCAGCCCGUGGAAGCCUUCAAGCAGGGAGUGGAGUGCUCCCGCUGUCCGCUGGGACACUUUUCCCCGGGAGGAAACACCAAGUGCAAACCGUGGACCAACUGCACCGCCCUGGGCAAACGCACCCUGCGAGCAGGGAGCAGCGAGGCAGACGCGGACUGCGAGGACCCCGACGUGCCCCGGCCCCCCCGAAGCCCUCCAACGUCCCCCCGGACCUCGACCCCUGGCUCCUCCCCCACCAGUGCCUCGAGGGCCGCCACCCAGAGCCUCAGACCGGACCCGAAGCCCAGACCUGACCGAGACCUGUUUCCGUUAUCCGUCAUCUUCCUAGCGGCGCUUGUGCUCUUGGUGUCUGGCUUCAUCUUGCUGCUGCUCAUCGCCUUCUUCUGCAGGAGGGACAAGAGGCUGGCUCUCUGCAAGCUGUCCGGGACCAACAGCUGCCGGAUGCCCAUCCAGGAGGAGCACCAGCCCAGCCUCGCCAAGGUCUGAGGCCGCCGUCCUCCGUGCCCCAGGCCCCGGCACCUCCUUCUGCGUCUGUGGGGCCGUCUGCGGUCCCAGCCAGGGCAGACCCCCAGAACCCAGGGGGAGGGACCACGGUCAUCUCCCUCUGCCAGAUGGGGCCCGCUGGGCCUCGCCCCCUGGGCGCUGCCUCGGGCCCUUCUUUUCCUCAAUGAGCCUUUGGAUUCGGUGACCUGGAAGGCGCCUUCGGCUCUGCCCGGGAGCCUUUGCAGGAGGCCCCUUCCACAGAGGGACUCUCCCGGGGCCCAAAGGAGGCCCCCUUUUAUCUUUGCGCCCUUCUUCCUCCCACCACCCCACUUCUGUCUUCUCAAGGCUGGGGAGAGAAGCGUUCAGAGGCCUUGGCCCCCUUUGCCCAUCUGCCACCUCCUCUGCCUCCUCCUUCUCCUCCUCCUUCUCUUUCCUCUUCCCCUCCCUUUUUUAAACCUUGACUUUCUGGGGAAAGCUGGGUGACUCAGUGGAUAAAAAAUCAGGCCCAGAGAUGGGAGGUCCUGGGUUCAAAUUUGUUUUCAGACACUUCCCAGCUGGGUGACCCUGGGCAAGUCACUUAACCCCCAUUGCUCACCGCUCUUCUGCAGUGGAACCAAUACACAGUACUGACUCCAAGACUGUUAGACACUUUUAUCUUCUGUCUUAGAAUAGAUAUAACUAUGGAUUCUAAGGCAGAAAAGUUGUAAGGGCUAGGGGUUAAGUGACUUGCCCAGGGUCACACAGCUAGGAAGUGUCUGGGUUCAAAUCCAGGGCCAGUGCUUGAGCCACUAUGCUGCCCCUCAUAUUCCUCUUUAGGGCCUUCCGCAACCCUCAUCCAAGAAAAUAGAAAGACAUUCCAGAUCAUUUGGGCUGGGCAUUGUCCCACUCUCCAGAUGUAGCACCCACCCCCUCCCCCGGCACCCCUGCCUGUAUCAGGCCCCCCUCUGUAACUGUAUCAGUUUCCUUAUGGCUGGUCAUUCUUUCCUGCCCUCUCCCCCUUCCCCAUUUCAGGCCAUGCCCCCAUCUCUGUAGCAGCUGAGCCCUGAGCUGCCCCGCUGGGGCCAGGCCAAACGCUGCAGGCCCAUCUGCUCUGCUCUGAAUAUUCACCCCUAUGGGGUGGCCUGUCCUGUGAGCAGAGCCCUGGGGGAGCCUCUGGGCCCCCUUCCAGCAAGCUGAGCUCCCCCUCUGAGGCUGAGCAGCCAGUGCUGCCAGGGGGCCUGAGGCCCUAAAUGGGGUUUAUUAUAUAAACCUACAGGCUGGCAAAGCAGGCUGGGAAACUGAGAGGGGGGGCAUGGCUGUUUGGGCAGCCAAGGAAGCAAGUGGGGGAGUGGAGACAUGGGACAAGGGGGGGAGAAGAAGGGGGAGAGGGAGUGGGAGAGAGAGAGAGGAGGAAAGAGGGGGAGAGAAAGAGAGACAGAGAGGGAGAGAGAAGAGAGACAGACAGAGACAGAGAGAAAGAGAGAGAGACAGAGAGAGACAGAGACAGAGAGAGACAGAGAGACAGAGACAGAGGGAGAGAAAGAGAGAGAGGGAGAGACACAGAGACAGACAGAGACAGAGACAGACAGAGACAGAGACAGAGAGAGACAGAGAGACAGAGAGAAACAGAGAGAAAGAGAGACAGAGAGAAACAGAAACACAGAGAGAGACACAGAGAGAGACAGAGAAGGGAGAGAGAUAGAGGGAGGGAGAUAGAGACAGAGACAGAGAGAGACAGAGAAGGGAGAGAGAUAGAGGGAGGGAGAUAGAGACAGAGAGAGAGAGAGGAAGGGAAAGACAGAGACAGAGAGAGAGAGAGAGGAAGGGAAAGAGAGACACACACAGAGAGACAGAGACAGAGAAGGGAGAGAGAGAGGAAGGGAGAUAGAGACAGACAGAGAGAGAGAGGAAGGGAAAGAGAGAGAGAGGAAGGGAAAGAGAGAGACAGAGAGAGAGAGAAAGAGAGACAGAGAGAGAGAGGGACACAGAGACAGAGAGAGAGAGAGACAGAGACAGAGAAGGGAGAGAGAGAGAGGGAGAGAGAGAGACAGAGAGACAGACAGAGAGAGACAGAGAGAAAGAGAGACAGAGACAGAGAGAGAGACACAGAGACAAAGAGAGAAACAGAGACACACAGAGAGAGAGACAGAAAGGAGAGAGUCAGAGAGACAGAGAGAGAGAGAGAGACAGACAGAGAGACAGAGAGAGAGAAAGAGAGAGACAGACAGAGACAGACAGAGAGAGAGAGAGGGAGGGAGGGAGAGAGACAGAGAGAGAGACAGAGAGAGGAAACAGAGACAGAGAGAGAGAGAGAGACAGAGAGACAGAGAGAAACAGAGAGAAAGAGAGACAGAGAGAAACAGAAACACAGAGAGAGACACAGAGAGAGACACAGAGAGAGACAGAGAGGAGGGGAGAGUUGACAGGCAGACAGACAGACAGACAGAUGGGCAGAGAGAACCCCUGUGCGUGCCUCUGUCUCCUCCCAGCUCUGCUGCUAGCUUGCUGUGGCUCCUCUCUCUUCCACCCUGGGCUCUGGUCCUCCAGGGGAGCCCCUGCCAUUCUCCAUACUGAUAGUGCACUAACUCAAGGCUUUCUCCCCCUGUGGUGCUCCCACUGGUUUCAGGGCGCACUGUUGUAGGUGCCCCUGGCAGCAGGAAGGCAGACUGAGGCCAGGAGCCCUCUGGGCAGAUCCCUCUCCCUGACCUUGUCCUGGCCUGCCUGGAGCAGCAGCUGGGCUAGACUGUGCUCUGGGCAGUUCUGGAAGGGAUGCAGCCUGGUCCAGCUCUGCCCUCUCUGUUCGCCUCCCCUCCCCACCCCAGCCCCAGCACCCAGAAUGCACUUACAAGGCCGCAGGCUGCAGACACGCAGUUAGCUUGGUGAGAGGCAGGGGGAUUAUAGCAGACCUACAGACAGUUUAGUGCUCUUGGUGUCAGGAAGGCCUGGGUUCGAGUCCCGUCUCCAUCACGGAUUAGUUCUGUGAUAUCCUGACCAGGGCAAGCUGAUCUGCCUCUCUGAGCCUCAGUUUCCUCACUUGUAAAAUGAGAAUAAUAACAGCACCCACCUCACGGGUCCUGCAGGUGAAGCACUCAGCCUGCCUUGCCAUGUGAGCAGCCACUGACUCUCAGGGAGUGCCGAGUUCCCAUUCUACCCCAGACUCGAUCUUCUCAUUUAUAAAAUGGGUCAUUGGAACCAGAGUCCUGAUUUGUAAACCUGGAAUCCCAGUAGCAGACAGUCUCCGGCUACAUCACCCCCUUCCCCCCCCCCCACCCCUUCUGUGAAGUGGCGGCAGGAAGUCUGGCUUUCUCAGCCUCAGAUACAGCCAUGUUUGUGGAAUAAGUAUUGUCUGAGCCUGAACUCGGGCACGGACACAGCGAAGUAAGUGUAAGGUCAUUGCGAUGCAAUUCAAUAAACAUUUACUAAGCA